CACGUCUGAGAUAAAAUGUCAACAUAUAGAAAUUAUAUCCCGUGGAAAUCCAACUACUCGUCUUAUUCCUCAAAGUAUGGUGGUAGCAGGUUCACUUCAUCGCGCGACGAUGUCUCAAGUGAAUCCAAAGCUUCAUCAUCAGCUGCAACACCGAAAUUCGGCUCUCUGGCAAGUCCAACAACUUAUCGACCUUCAUAUUCAGGUGGAACUUAUCGUGUUCCUGCCAAGAAAGAGCCCGUGACAUCAUCUUACUCCCGAUACACAACCAAAGAAGCCAAGGAGCCCGAAAAAGUGGCAAAAGAACCCGAGACUCCAAAGAAAACUUCUAGCCUAGCAUCGAAAUAUGGUACAUCGAAAGAUCUCCCAUCAACAACGACUAGAACUUAUGGAGGAGUGUCUAAGGAUCUUUCUCCAGCUUCGCGAUCCUAUGCUGGAGGAUCGACAAAAGAUCUUUCUCCAGCAACACGCACUUACACUGGAGGAUCUACAAAGGAUCUUUCGCCAGCUUCGCGAUCUUACACUGGAGGAUCUACUAAGGAUCUUUCUCCAGCUACACGCAGUUAUGCUGGAGGAUCUACUAAGGAUCUUUCUCCAGCUACACGUAGUUAUGCUGGAGGAUCUACAAAGGAUCUCUCAUCGACGAGAAGUUAUGCUGGCGGAUCCACAGGGAACUUGAAGAGCAACUAUUCUUCCACGAGCAAUUUGGCAGACAGUUCUAAAACCAGUAGAUAUCCCAGUACGACGGAUGCAAAAGGAUCUUCUAAGUAUUCUUCAGUGCAGAAAAGCGAGAAGAAGACCGAAGGACCACCGGUAACUUUCAAUACCCGCUACGGAUCAACGUUGAAAGUGCCGAGAGAACGAUCACGAGAUCCCAGUCCAUCUAUCGGGACUGUAAGUCGGUUUCUGAAGCCCGCUGGAGAUCGAUCGAGAGAUCCUAGUCCAAGUGUGGCGAAGACAACACCGAAAUAUGGGAGAACUUCAAGAGAUCCCAGUCCGGUGUCGCCAUCAAUCUCGAUCAGUAGGGUGAGAAGUAGAGAUCCCAGUCCUGUGGAUAGGCCAGCACCGACGCUUUUGCGAAGAUCUCGGGAUCCCAGUCCCAUUGAACAGUUGAAGGAUCGAUUUGGUGCCACUUCGAGUGGAUACAGUCGAUUGUACAACAAGGGAUCGAGUCCAUCCACUUAUUCUAAAUACUCACCGACUUCUACAGGACCUGCCUUGUCUUACAUGACUCACAGUGAGGCCAGAGCGUGUACAGUCAUCAGGAAGCCAAAGGAAAAGACGCCCCCGACAAAGAUAGAGAGUGAACUAAAGCCCGAGAAGAUAGAGAAAGAGGAAGAAGUAGUUAUGGUUCAGGUGACAAUGAUAACUAGAGCUACAUCACCCAAUCCUCAGUCUAGUGGUGGGAAUUACUUGAAAACCCGACGAGAAGUGGCAAAAACCACAGAGAAAACCAUCGAAAGACCACUCAAGAGACCUUUGAUGCUUGAUAAAGAAAUCCAAUCUGACAGACUUGAUGAUCCAACACGAAAUGUUAGAGUUUCAGCGACUAAAGUGACUUCAUCAGUGCCUUGGACGUCAUAUUUGGACACAAAAUACAGUCCAUCGAGUGGAUCAUCGAGUAGAUACUCAACUUCCAACUCUGUGUCGCCAUCGAAGAGUUCAGCGAGUACGUCGACUAAGGAGAAAAGCGAGGAGAGCGAUAAGAAAGUGAAGAAGAGCAGCAGUUCGAAGAGUCCCUCGAGUGAAAAAUCCAAGACAUCGUCAGCGAAGAGUUCAAAGUCUAAAUCACCGGAGAGCAGCAAAAGUCUUCCGCCUCCAGUGCCUGGAAAGGCGGAAUCUCCCACUAAAGCGGCUCAGAGUUGUCUGAAGUGGGCAAAUAAGGACUUUAGGAAAUCCGCUCUUAACAUGGGACCGUCAGAUCAACCGAGAAAGUCACGAUCUUCAUCAUCUCCUGUGGAUUCUGGUGACAGAUUAGAGCGAUCGCCCAGUUGCAGCUCCUCCAGCAGUCUAAGCAAUGAUCCUGGAGAGACGAGAAAUGUGCGAGAGUCCUCUAAAGGCUCUCUCUUGGGCACUUCGGCGGACGAAUUGUCUUUGGAUAGGCCAACGUCAAGGAGUGAGUCAGCGGAUGUCGUGUCGUCUAAAAAUGAGGAGGCGAAGUCAUUCUUGAUUCGUGCACUCGGGCCCGUGUCACUGCUGAAUGGCAAAGCUCAGUUGUCGCCCGAGAAGCCUAACUGGUCGGUCGACGGGACUCCGGAGCCAGAAGUUGCGAGUGUUGGUGACGCGAUGAAGUUCAAGUUGAGGCACAUUGACUCAGGGGAGAGGGCUUGGUGGCUCACCAGUGAGGGUGAGAGUGGUCAGGAGAAGAGAGACGACAGUCCGAAAGUGCAGUACAAAAUCAGGCACAUUGAAUCGGGUGAGAAGGCUUGGUGGAUGCUCAAUGAGAACUCCACAGAUGCGGAUAAGCUCAGGAUGCAGCACAGGAGCAGUUCAGAGGCGAAAUCCGAUACGCCCAAGUACAAGAUAAGGCACAUUGAGUCUGGUGAGCGAGCUUGGUGGUUGGGACCGCCGGAAUCGCCAAAGCCGAAGCCUAAGAAGGCUCUACCGAAGCGACAAGAGUCGUCAGAAGACGAGGAAGUGGCGAAAGCCGAUCAUCCUCUUGGCGAUAGGGCGAGUCCUGAGGGCUUGGAAGCCACAAGGAAUCAUUCUCCCUAUGAUAAUGUGCCGCAGAAGACGAGAAAAUCACCGCGAAGUCUCUUCAUCUCGCGCCACACAAACAUCGAUGAACUUCUUGGCGCCAGUCCAAUUAUGAUGUCGGAGCGUUUCUCCGCUAAAGACGUCUUUGAGGAGAUUUCGCCGUCUCAAGUGCGGAUACACGACAGCACGGCUCAAAUGCCCGUGAUUCAGCGCAACGGCGAAGCAAGGGAGAACAGCUGGAGUCCGGGUGGCCAGAAUCACUUGCUGGACGAUGCAGCCCUUCAGGUGUACAAAGACGGCGACUACGGAGCCUAUCUGGAUCUGGAGUCUUCGCUGGCGGAGCAGUCUGAAGACAUCGAUGGCCUUCAAUCAGGCCGCAAGAAUUCCCUGGUCGUUCGCACGCAGCUCAGCGUUCGCGUCCACGCGAUCAUUGAGAAACUCCUGUCAUCGGAGGGCCGCGAGUUGCGCCGGGCGCUGUUCUCGCUGAAGCAGAUCUUCCAGGAGGACAAGGAUCUCGUGCAUGGCUUCGUGGCGCUCGGCGGACUCAAUUGCCUCGUGCGCGUGGGCAGCGGAGCGGAUCAGAACUACCAAAACUACAUACUGAGAGCGCUGGGACAGGUGAUGCUCUACGUGGACGGCAUGAAUGGGGUGAUGAAAAAUGGACCAACAGUUCAAUGGUUGUACUCGCUGAUCGCCUCAAAAUAUAGAUUAGUGGUGAAGACGGCGCUCAAGCUCUUGCUCGUGUUCGUGGAAUAUGUGGAGAGUAAUUGCUAUCUUCUGGUGAACGCCAUCCACACCGUGGACGCCGCCAGAGGCUCACUGCCCUGGUCCAACAUCAUGCGUCUGCUGAAAGACUACGAGAACGCGGAUACUGAGCUGCUCAUCUAUGCGACAUCCCUCAUCAAUAAGACACUGUCCGGCCUGAGUGAUCAGGACAGUUUCUACGAUGAGAGUGACUUCCUCGAGCAGCAGGGCAUGGAGGGAGUGAUCCAGAGGUAUAUGUCACGACCUGGCACCGAUUUGGAUCUGCUGGACCAGUUGCAACUCUACGAAGCGGUUCUCAAGUUUGAGGACGGCGAAACGGAUGGCAUUCGCAUUCCCGACAAUUCGGUGAGAAAGACGCUGCGCUACAGAGCCACGGAUUCGGCGGAGAGGCGAAAAUCGCGGCGUCACAGCACGGGAAAUACGCCGGCGCCGCCAGUUCCGCCACUUCCGCUCAAUCACACAAUGCCCGCUGGACAGUCGGUGGAUGAGGACAGCUCAAGUUCGCAGAACUCCACGGAGUUGAACUGCGUCUUCCGCGAGUGCAGGGACAAAACACCGCGUGAAGGUGCUGGCGUGACGCCCGGACUGCGGAGGCGGCGUGAGCGUGCGGAGAGACAGAAGAGCUUCAUGCGUGAGCAGCAGGAUGCCGCCAGCAGACUCACGAAUGGCAACAGUGGCGAGGAGAAUGGCCACGAUUCUGACGUGAAUGAGGAGAAGAAGCUGUUGCUGCAGCUGAAGCGUGAUCACACAGUGAAGGAUCUCACGCAGAAGCUGAGCAAUUUGCCCAUGAGUCCGCAAGAGGAGAAGCCUCAGAAUCGCAUAGGUGACAUGACGGGCCUGAUCUCGAAAGCCAAAGAGGGCCUGGCGAAGAGCAAGAGUCGCGGUGAUAUUUCACGCUCGCCCAGUGUGGAUCAGGACUUCAAGAAGGCCUCGCCCGAGCCCAAGAAGUCCGAGAAUGAGCUGCACUGGGAGGAGUUGGUGAGAAACAUGAGUCGGCCGCUGAAUCUCUGCGAUCUGGACUUCACGGAUCUCGGAUCGGAGGAUGAGAAGGAUGUGCUGGCGCCGCGAGGAUUGGGCGGAACAAUUCCACCGCCGCCUCCGCCACUUGGCAUGCCGCCACCCUUUCUGCCGCCGCCGACAAAUCUCGUGCCGCCGCCGCUGCUGCUCAAUGGCCCGGGCAAGUGCAAUGGCGACGCAUCCGUGAAGAAGACCAAGAAGACUGUGAAGCUGUUCUGGAAGGAAGUGCGCGAAGACAUGAUUCCAGCCAUUGUGGGACGCACAGUUUGGGACGAAUUGCCGCCAGCCAAUGUGGAUACGGAUAAACUUGAGCACCUCUUUGAGUCGCGCGCUAAAGAUCUCAUGACAAAGAAACAACAGGAGAUGAACAAGAACAAGGAGAUCAUCGUGUUGGAUCACAAGCGAUCCAAUGCCAUCAAUAUUGCAAUGACCAAACUUCCUCCGCCGCGUGCAAUAAAGGCGGCCAUUUUGAAGAUGGACGCCACUGUUGUGACCAGAGAAGGCAUCGACAAGCUCCUCAACAUGCUGCCCACGGAGGAGGAGCGAGGAAAGAUCCAGGAAGCACAGAUGAUCAAUCCCGAACUGCCACUUGGCAAUGCUGAGCAAUUUCUCCUCACGCUGUCGUCGAUAUCCGAAUUGGCGGCGAGAUUGAAGUUGUGGGCAUUCAAGUUGGACUUUGAGAUCAGUGAGAAGGAGAUUGCGGAGCCACUGAUGGAUUUGAAGCAGGGUCUUGAGCUCCUGAAGGCCAACAAGACGUUCAAAUGCAUCCUGGCGACACUGCUGGAGGUGGGAAUCUUCCUCAAUGGUCAGCCAGUGAAGGGAUUUCAGAUUGAGUAUCUGGCGAAGGUGCCUGAAGUGAAGGACACUGUGCACAAGCACUCUCUGCUGCAUCAUCUCUGUCACAUGGUCAUGGAAUCCUCGCCAGACACCACGGAUCUCUACUCAGAGAUCGGUCCAAUCACGCGAGCGUCAAAGGCGGACUUUUCCGACCUGGCGCACAAUAUUGUGCAUCUGGAGCAGGAAUGCAAAGCUUCCUGGGAUCGAUUGAAGCUCAUCUCCAAGCACGAUUGUCCGCCGCAUCUCAAGCAGAAGCUGGUGGAUUUCCUAGCUGAUUGCGCCGAGAGGAUCAUCAUUCUGGAUAUCGUCCACAGGAGAGUGAUUAACAGAUAUAGGAAAUUCCUCAUGUGGCUCGGCGUGCCGCAGCACAGAAUUGCCGAGUCGAAGCCCAAUGAUUUCUGCCGGAUCGUGUCGGAGUUUGCUCUGGAGUACAGAACGACGAGGGAGCGCGUGCAGCAGCAGAUCGAGAAGAAGGCCAAUCACAGGGAGAGGAACAAGACCAGAGGGAAGAUGAUCAUCGAUGUGGGCAAAUUUAAGACGCAAGAAGACAGAGCAGAUGCAGAAUUGAGGCAAUUGUUGGGCUCUCCAUUGACAACUGUGGACACACCGGAUAAGGGGAAUGCCUUCACGUGGCGACGACGUCGUCCUGAGAAUCUGCACUCGCCCAAGACGGUCGCCAGGGAUGAGAACUUCACGGAUGGCGAUGAUGAGAUCCUGGAGUCGCUGGUGAAGACGGCCACGAAGGCGCCGGGCACAAGAUCGACACCACGCGAACGAAAACGCACCCGACACGCCGAUCGAAAGUCCUUGAAGAGGUCAAGAACGCGCGAAGGAUUCACUGUCGAAAGCACUGGAGUGUCAUCAGAAAUAUGAUCAAGAGACACUUUUAAUCUUGGUGCGCAGGACGCUGAAGAAUGGCUUGACCGAGGAGGAGAAGCAACACGUUGCAACUUACAUUCAAGGAAUCUAGAGAGCAUGCGACUAGAGAUAGAGAAAAUACCAAAUUAGCGACGCUGAACUUUCUGAUUUUUCUUUUCUUUACUUUUUUCGAGGGCAGAAAAAUACUCGCAAGUAGUAAAAAAGAUUGAGGCAAAAUGCACCAAAAGUUGUGAUAAUAAUUGAAGGGAGAAGAUAACAAAAAAAAGAACGCAAAAUUUCUCAAGUGGAAAUUCUCGACUGUUUCAUGUGGGAAAGAGCAAGAAGAAAAAAUUAUGAAUCAAGUAAAACUCAAUCGAAACAACAACUCUUCUUUUCCUAAUUAGCUAUUAAUGGACCAUUUUGUGACUGUACAGAUGGUGAGGAAUGAAUAAAAAAAAAACAGAUGGAGAUUAAAUGCAUUGGAAAAUGA